AUGGAUUAUGGAAAUCAGACUUUGGUGACUGAAUUUUUCUUCAUGGGCUUAACAAAUCGCUCAGAAUCAGUUGUUCUCUUUGUGGUAUUUCUCUUGGUUUCUCUUGUCACUCUUCUGGGAAAUGUGGGGAUGAUCACCCUCAUUUGGAUGGAUCCCCGACUCCACACUCCCAUGUACUUUUUUCUCAGUCACUUGUCCUUUGUGGAUGCCUGCUCUUCUUCUGUAAUUGGUCCUAAGAUGUUGACUGACAUCUCUGUGGAAAAAAAAGUAAUCUCUUUCUUUGGCUAUGCUGCUCAGAUCUGGUUUUUUGGUCAGUUUGUAGUGACUGAAUGUUUCCUCCUGGCCUCCAUGGCAUAUGACCAGUAUAUGGCCAUCUGUAAGCCCUUGUUGUAUACUCUCAUUAUAUCCCAGCGGGUCUGUGUGCAGCUGGUGGUAGGGCCUUAUGCUGUGGGUCCUAUGAGCACCAUGACCCACACGACUUUCACCUUUCGCCUACCUUACUGUGGUCCAAAUAUCAUCAAUCACUUCUUCUGUGAUCUUCUUCGUGUUUUGUCCCUGGCAUGUGUAGACACCCACAUCAAUCAGUUUGUUCUUUUCCUCUUUGCUGGAGCUCUAGGAGUGCUCAGUGGUAUGAUCAUGCUGGUUUCCUACAUUUACAUUGUCUUUGCUAUCCUGAGGAUCCACUCUGUGGAGGGGAGGCACAAAGCCUUCUCCACCUGCUCUUCACACCUGACAGCUCUCUCCAUCCUAUAUGGGACACUCUUCUUUAUCUAUGUACGCCCUAGUUCUAGUUUCUCCCUGGACAUUAAUAAGGUGGUUUCUGUGUUCUACACAGCUGUGAUUCCCAUGUUGAACCCCCUUAUCUACAGCCUGAGAAACAGGGAGGUCAAAGAUUCAUUCAGAAGGACACUUGAGAAGAAGAAGUUUCUAAUGAGUAGUUAA